CUCCUCCUCCGCCGCCGCCGCCGCCUCCUCCUCCUCCGCCGCCGCCGCCUGAGGUCGUUCGGCCCGGGUCCGCGCCGCCGGCACCAUGGACACCAGCGACCUCUUCGCCAGCUGCAGGAAGGGGGAUGUGGGCCGAGUGCGGUACCUGCUGGAGCAACGGGACGUGGAGGUGAAUGUGCGGGACAAGUGGGACAGCACCCCCUUGUACUACGCCUGCCUCUGUGGGCAUGAAGAGCUAGUACUUUAUCUUCUGGCCAAUGGAGCCCGCUGUGAAGCCAACACCUUUGAUGGGGAGCGCUGCCUCUACGGGGCACUGAGCGACCCCAUCCGCCGGGCCCUGCGCGAUUACAAGCAGGUGACAGCCUCCUGCAGGAGGCGGGACUACUACGAUGACUUCCUGCAGCGGCUCCUGGAGCAGGGCAUCCAUAGUGACGUGGUCUUUGUGGUGCACGGGAAGCCCUUCCGGGCACAUCGCUGUGUGCUGGGUGCACGCAGUGCCUACUUUGCCAACAUGCUGGACACCAAAUGGAAGGGCAAGAAUGUCGUGGUCCUUAGGCAUCCACUGAUCAACCCCGUGGCCUUUGGGGCCCUGCUGCAGUACCUGUACACAGGCCGCCUGGACGUCGGCGUGGAGCAUGUUAGUGACUGUGAGCGCCUGGCCAAGCAGUGCCAACUGUGGGACCUGCUCAGCGACCUGGAGACCAAGUGUGAGAAAGUGUCUGAGUUCGUGGCUUCCAAGCCAGGCACGUGUGUGAAGGUGCUGACCAUCGAGCCCCCGCCGGCAGAUCCCCGGCUUCGGGAGGACAUGGCCCUGCUGGCCGACUGCGCCCUGCCCCCGGAGCUCCGUGGUGAUCUCGGGGAGCUGCCCUUCCCUUGCCCCGACGGCUUCAACAGCUGUCCUGAUGUCUGCUUCCGGGUGGAAGGUUGCAGCUUUCUCUGCCACAAGCCCAGCCUCCCCCAGGCCUUCUUCUGCGGCCGCAGCGACUACUUCCGGGCCCUGCUGGACGACCACUUCCGAGAGAACGAGGAGCUGGAGGCCUCAGGCGGCCUCCUGGCCAUCACUCUCCAUGGCAUCUCGCCUGACAUCUUCACCCACGUGCUCUACUACAUCUAUAGUGACCACACAGAGCUGCCCCCCGAGGCGGCCUACGAUGUGCUGAGCGUGGCCGACAUGUACCUGUUGCCUGGCCUGAAGCGGCUCUGUGGCCGCAGCCUGGCCCAGCUGCUGGAUGAGGACAACGUGGUGGGGGUGUGGCGCGUGGCCAAGCUGUUCCGUUUGGCGCGCCUCGAGGACCAGUGCACUGAGUACAUGGCCAAGGUCAUCGAGAAGCUGGUGGAGCGGGAGGACUUCGUGGAGGCCGUGCGGGAGGAGGCGGCGGCCGUGGCUGCCCGGCAGGAGACGGACUCCAUCCCGCUGGUGGACGACAUCCGCUUCCAUGUGGCCAGCACGGUGCAGACCUACAGUGCCAUCGAGGAGGCGCAGCAGCGGCUACGAGCACUUGAGGACCUGCUGGUGUCUAUUGGCCUGGACUGCUGACUGUCGGCGUGUGGCACGGGCGGGCAGCUGUGUGUGUGCUUGCACGCAUGUUCCUUGCUCCCUGGAGGAGGGUGUCCUGGUGGGCUGAGGGGGCUCUGUGGGGUGCCCCUCCCCCAGCGUGCCUGGGGCCCCAGGAGAGGGUCAGGAUGAGCCCCCUCCCAACACAAACCAGCCCCCCGAGGCCCUGGGGCUGAGCACCACUCAGGGACACCUGGGGUGGGGGUCUCUUAGGACCUCCCUUCCCCGAGCCCCUCCACACCCCCGUUCUCCUGGCCCUGGCUUGUUUGCUUCCAAGCCAAGCCCAGCAAGCAGGCUUCUCCCAGGCACAGAGCUGGCCCAUGGGGAGCAGAAGAGUCUUUGUGUGGCAAUAAAGCUUGAAUUCACUGUGA